AUGGUUCAAAAAGUUUUAUUAUUAGGUUCAGGUUUUGUCGCUAAACCAACAGUUGAUAUCUUAUCUCAAGACCCCAACAUUGAAGUUACCGUUGCUUGUAGAACAUUGUCCAAAGCUAAAGAAUUAGUUGGUGACAAAGCACAAGCCAUUUCUUUAGAUGUCAAUGAUACUGAAGCCUUAGAUGGUGCAGUGGCUAAAUUCGAUUUAGUCAUUUCAUUGAUUCCAUACACUUAUCAUGUCAACGUUGUUAAAUCAGCCAUCAAGAAUAAAAAACAUGUUGUUACUACUUCAUACAUUAACCCGCAAUUGAAAGCAUUGGAGAAGGAAAUUGAAGAUGCUGGAAUUACAGUUAUGAAUGAGAUUGGAUUGGAUCCUGGUGUUGACCAUUUAUAUGCUGUCAAGACUAUUGAAGAUGUUCAUAAAGAAGGUGGUAAAAUCAAAUCAUUUUUGUCGUAUUGCGGUGGAUUACCAGCUCCAGAAAAUUCCGAUAAUCCAUUGGGGUAUAAAUUUUCAUGGAGUUCAAGAGGUGUUUUGUUGGCAUUGAGAAAUGCUGCCAAGUAUUGGCAAGACGGUCAAAUUGUUGACGUUAAAUCAGAAGAUUUAAUGGCUACUGCUAAACCAUACUUUAUUUAUCCUGGUUUCGCAUUGGUUUGUUAUCCAAAUAGAGAUUCAACCACUUAUAAACAGUUGUACAAUAUCCCCGAAGCCGAAACUGUUAUUAGAGGUACUUUGAGAUUCCAAGGUUUUCCCGAAUUCAUUAAAGUGCUUGUUGAUACUGGGUUUUUGAAAGAUGAUGAAAUGGAAAUUUUCACUAAACCGGGUCCAUGGAAUGAAGCUACUGCUAAAUUGAUUGGUGCUAAAUCAUCGUCUGUUGAAGAUAUCAUUGCCAAGAUCAAGACUUUGACCAAAUUUAAAUCUCCCGAAGAUGAAGAACGUAUUCUUGACGGAUUCAAAUGGUUAGGAUUAUUAUCCGAUAAGCAAUUGACCCCAAAGGGAAAUCCAUUAGAUACUUUGUGUGCCACAUUGGAACAAUUGAUGCAAUACGAACCAGGUGAACGUGAUUUGGUUGUUUUACAGCAUAAAUUUGGUAUUGAAAAUAAAGAUGGUACUACUGAGACCAGAACUUCAACAUUGGUUGAUUAUGGUGAUCCAAAUGGUUAUUCAUCAAUGGCUAAAUUAGUUGGUGUUCCUUGUGCUGUUGCUACUAAACAAAUCUUGAAUGGAACUUUGAACAAAAAAGGUUUGUUAGCUCCAAUGAGUUCGGAAAUUAAUGAUCCUAUUAUGAAAGAGUUGAAGGAUGAUUAUGGUAUUUACUUGGUUGAAAAGACACUUUAA